CUCGUUACUUUUCAAGGAAGGGGACAUCUGUUGGCUCUCGGAAUGGUGCAUUGCUAACAGCAUAGUAUGCAUGGGAGAGUACGCAUGGAGGCAGGUAAGCGGCAUUCCCAUGGGGUUGGCAUGCUCCCCGAUUUGGUGCGACAUCUUCUUUUCAAGUACGAGUAUCAUGCGAUGAUGAGGCUGGUGGACACUGGCAAUGCCCAUCUGGUUCCGUACUUCGAUAAGACCUUCAGUUAUGUGGAUGACCUUGGCGCGGUCAACAACGCCAUCAUCAAGAGUUUUCUGGAGAAGGGCGAGAGCCGACAGUCGGAUGAUCCCUCCUGGAUAUACAUGGCGCAAUACAUUGAGAUCAAGGAGAAUACGGAGGUUGACGAAGAAGGGUUUGGACGUGUUGCAAGCUUUCUCAGUGUGACCCUCACUGUCACCUCACCUGCAGACGGCUCCUACUCCACCUCUAGGCAUGACAGGCGCAUGGGACUGGUCUUUGCUCCCUGCAGGUUCAUCAAGUUCAGAUCCAACAAGAGCAUCAGGCAGUCAAUGCAGAUCAUCACGGCGCAGGUGGCGCAGAUUCUUCUGCUAUGCUCAGAACCGGAGGAUGCGGCGAAUCAAUUGGCAGGAAUCGUGGCAACAAUGAGGGACAAUGGGUUUGCGGCGAGCGCAUGCUGGGCAGUGGUGAAGAAGACCCUUCGAAAUGCUAACCUCUACCAACCUGGUAGACUGUCCGUUCACAUGAUCAAGGAGGCCCUUGCCGAUUUACAUGGGAUUACUGACUAAAUGGUGUGUUCGUGUCUGUAUGUGUUCGUGUCUGUAUGUGUUCGUGUCUGUAUGUGUUCGUGUGUGUGAGGUGUCCGAGGGAUGACGGGGCCGAAAGGGCCGGUUGUCCUCCGAACAACCAUCCCCUUCGGCCCCGGUCAUCCCUCAGAGGGAACGGGGUGGGGCACACACGCACACACACACACACAGGUACACGGGGCGAUUGUUCAUUUAUAGGGACAGGGGAGCGGCCCGGGCCGACGAAGCGGGCUCUGUAAGAGUGUGGUUUUCAUUUUUUCACUGUUAUUUCUUCAUUUUUUCACCUUUUCUCCUUCCCUCCGUUUCUAAUCCCUGCCUUCUGUUCCACAUACACCCCCCCUGUAUUUUGUCCUUUGUUCCUUUUUUUCGGUCUUUCUCCUUCUUUUCUUUCUCUCUUUUUUCUUUUUCCUUUUUUCUUUUUCCUUUUUCCUUUUUCCUUUUUUCUUUCUUUCUUUUUUUCCUUGGUUCCCUGCUUCAAAUAUGCGCGCUUCUGAUCACCCCUUCCGACGAAAGUGAUGAGACACGACCCCCGCCUGGAAAUGAACGAGGCCCUUUCCU